UCAGUUUUCAGUUAACAGUCGAGCGGUGAGCAUGAGCCCGGUUUUGGGUAACCCCAGCAACCGUUAGAUCCGAAAUAAAUAUUUUCCGAUUGUCAACAAGCCGCGAGUUGCCAAGUGUUAUAAAUAAUACGCGUAACCUCCUGCAAAGAAACAAUAGAUAUAUAGUUUCCGAAAAUUGGAUUGGCAAGAUGGCCUGCUCCACAAACGUUUUGAAGGGCUUUGCCCUCUUUUGGGAUAUUAUCCUCGCUCUGUUCGGCCUGGUUGUUAUCGGCCUUGGUGUGCACAUCAUCUACAAAUUCGAGCACUUCAACACGGCCGCCUUCGUCAUCAUCGCGGUGGGCGUGGUCGUCGUUCUGACCGCCCUUUUCGGGGCUCUGGGAGCAGCGCGGGAGAGCAGUGCCACAUCUAAGGUGUUCGUUGUUAUUCUGAUUGUCUUGGUCAUACUGGAAGUUCUAGCAGUUGGGUUCCUGUGGGUUUUCCAAACCUCGCUGCUGAUUAACGUGGACAAAACGUUCGAUAAACUGUGGAAUGACCAGCCGGUGCCAAUCAAGCCUGGCAACCAGAGUCAGAUUGCCAGCCUCGAGCGAUGGUUGGAUUGCUGCGGCAAUGUGGGGCCCUCGGACUACAUUCUGCCCCCGAAUAGUUGCUACAACGGCGAGAGUGACAAACUGAAUCUUGAAGGAUGCCGGCAAAAGUUCCUGGACUUUAUCGCCGAUCGUUGGACGACAUUUAAUCUGGUUUCCCUGGUGCUAUUGGGUGUGGAGCUGAUUUGCGCCCUGUUGGCCUAUGUCCUGGCCAAUAGCAUCGUGAACCGCUGGCGACGCUCGAAGUACUAUCAGAAAUAGGUUCACAUACCAUUUUGAAAUACAUUGAAAUGCAUUUCGAAAAUUCAAGUUUAAGCUGCGCAUACUUAAGGCCAAAGAACUCUCCAUACAAAUACUUAAGCCGAAACUCGAUAGAGAUUCCAAAACAAAUUUACUUAAGCCAAGCAAACCGAAAGCAGUGCGUUGUUUGUAUUCUAUUUAUCACUUUGGAUAACUGCAAUGUUGAAGCGGAUUCUAUAUUCCGCUUAGAAUGUAACUUAAUCUACACUAAGCUCGACCUAAGCCACAAAUUUUCUGUAACAGCAUUUCGAGGAGACAAGUCAAAUAAAGAAUCUGGCCGAAGAUCCAGAAGAUCUGAAGAUCU